UCCCUCCAUCCCUCACCGGCUCCCCGGCUCCCGCCCCGCCCGCCCGCCGCUCCGGGGGGGUCUCCGCCGCCGCCGCCGCCGGAAGGAGCCGCCAUUUGCCACCGCCGAGCGCACGGGCCGAGCCGGAGCCGCGAGCCGGAGCGGGACUGGGGCCAGGAGGACGGCGAUGGGGGGCGGCCCCGCCGCAGGAGGACCGGGGCGCGUAACCCCGGGAGCCCGGCCCGCCCCGGACCCGGACCCGCGGGGCGCGACACCCUGAGCCCCCCUCCCCGCCCACUGCCCCGGCCAUGGCUGCCCGCCCCCCCGCCCCCGGGCCGCCAGCCCUCUCGGCCCCGCAAGCCCCGCAACCCCGGCUGUGGCAGCAGUGAACGGCUCUCGCAGGCCCCGAAGACCCCGGCCGGGCUCGGCUCUCCAGCGCGCGCCCCCUUCCCGGCCUUGUCCUCUCCCUUCCCCCAGCCGCCCGAGAGUCCCCCUUGCACGCCGCCCCCCGCCCCCCGGCGCCCGGACGAUGCUCAAGUCUCGGCUCCGCAUGUUCCUGAACGAGCUGAAGCUGCUGGUGCUGACGGGCGGGGGGCGGCCCCGGGCCGAGCCGCAGCCCCGGGGGGGCGGGGGAGGCGGCUGCGGCUGGGCGCCCUUCGCCGGCUGCUCGACCCGGGACGGCGACGGAGACGAAGAGGAGUACUACGGGUCCCAGCCGAGGGUCCGGGGCCUGGCCGGCGACAAGGAGCCGCGGGCCGGACCCCCGCCGCCGCCCGCGCCGCCGCCGCCCCCGGGCGCGCUGGACGCCCUGUCGCUCAGCAGCAGCCUGGACAGCGGGCUCCGAACCCCCCAGUGCCGAAUUUGCUUCCAGGGCCCGGAGCAGGGGGAGCUCCUGAGCCCCUGCCGCUGCGACGGCUCCGUGCGCUGCACGCACCAGCCCUGCCUCAUCCGCUGGAUCAGCGAGCGGGGCUCCUGGAGCUGUGAGCUCUGCUACUUCAAGUACCAGGUCCUGGCGAUCAGCACCAAGAAUCCCUUGCAGUGGCAGGCCAUCUCCCUGACGGUCAUUGAGAAGGUCCAGAUUGCAGCCAUAGUUCUGGGCUCACUCUUCCUUGUCGCCAGCAUCUCCUGGCUCAUCUGGUCCUCACUCAGCCCUUCAGCCAAGUGGCAACGGCAAGAUCUGCUUUUUCAGAUCUGCUACGGCAUGUACGGCUUCAUGGAUGUCGUCUGCAUAGGCCUCAUCGUCCAUGAAGGCUCCUCUGUCUACCGUAUCUUCAAGCGCUGGCAGGCAGUAAACCAGCAGUGGAAGGUCCUGAAUUACGACAAGACCAAGGACAUAGGAGGAGAUGCAGGGGGAGGGACGGCAGGGAAGCCGGGCCCCAGGACCUCACGGACGGGCCCCCCCACUGGGGCCCCCAGCCGCCCCCUGGCCGCCCAGCGCAUGCGGACGCUCUUGCCUCAGCGCUGUGGUUACACAAUCCUGCACCUACUUGGACAGCUGCGGCCACCAGAUCCCCGUUCCAGUUCCCAUUCCGGCCGCGAGGUUGUCAUGAGGGUCACCACAGUCUGAACUAAACUCCAGGAGUGGGGAUCUUGAAACAAUGCAUCAGCCAGAGAUAAGCUGUCAUGGCUGCUGGAGGUACCACCUGGACAAGGUGUUUGGGGCACACUGCCCCACCACUGAGGAUCUCUGUGGGCAGCCUCAAGCUGGAGACAUUGGCCUCUACUGCCCACUGGGUAGAGGUGCCUGGAUGACAUUCCAGCCCCCACUGACAGCUCCCCACACUCAUCUUGCGGCAGCCAGUGGGCAGGUGGGGAGAGCAUCUUUUCUUCCCUAGAGAACCGUCCUUACCUCAGCUCCUAGGGCCUCCAGCCCCCCAGCUCUACUAUGGUGACUUGGUAAAGGGGGUCCAAUGCGAGAAGAAAGGGGCUGUAGACCCCCCCCAAUCCCCACCCCAUGGCCACAGGGCAGCUGGCAAUAAGACUAGUAUACAUUGACCUCCCAUUCCCUGCAUGAGGGUGGGGGUACUUCCCCCGCUCCACCCCCCAUUGCAUGGGGGGAGGGCAUAAAGAAUCAUUUAUAUGCACGUGGAGACUCCUUUCUCAUCUGGGGCUUUUCUGGAGGGUUGGGAGGUGUGGGCAGUUUUCUCUGCAGAGGCUGCAAAUCCCAAAUGCAGCAGUGGAUUCUGAGUUGGAGGUGUAACUCCCACUUGGUGGUGAAUAAUUCACAUUGGCUGCUAGGUGGCAGUGCUCAGAAGUAUCUAAGGGGUGGACCUGACACCUGCGUGUUGUGUGAUUUAGAAAAAAAUCUCUCCACCGUGGUUUUCCUGUCUACCUCAUAGGGUUGGACUGAGGAUAAAUGAGGGAUAGGUUGAAUGCCAUUGCAAAGAAAAUCAGUGAUGGCAUAAAAAGAUCUCUAGACUAGUUGAUGGUCCAUUUAUUUCAAAUAAUAGCUGGUUAACAAAUUCCAAAAUGUUUUUCAUCUGGAGUUGCACAGAGCCUUGGAAAUUCGUGUUAAAUGUUAUAAUAGAUAUGGAAAAUAUGAGGGGAAAUAGACACUGCACAUGUGAAGGAUCGUGGUUAUUUGCAAGAAUGAGAGCUCCUCCAGCCCCCCUAAACACUGGGGAAUGGGAAAGGCUGGAGCAAUCCUUCUAGUUCUGGGGAUCUUGUGGGUUCUAGUAAUCCCUACCAGGUAAUGUGCUCACCCAGAGAAGUGGUAUGCAGUGAAUUUGGGCUCGUUUGGAGUAAGACAGACAGAAUUUCCUAGAGUUAUGAGUCUCCAACCCCAGUUUAAGCUACUGCUAUGGCAAUUCAGGGUCACAGGUCUGAUCCUGCUGUGCCCCAGCUAGUGAUAUUAACUGGAAGAUGUGCUUGGAGGCAGCAGCAUAGAGGGCUGUUGUUUAUAGAGAAAAGGUUUGGGAAGGACUGGUUAAUUGUCAGCCUAAAGCCUGGUCCCUUUCUCUCGAGGCCUUGGGGCUGUGUAUUAUAUGAAUGAUGUCUUUUAUGUGAACUAUCCCUCAGCAAUUAAAAUAAUUACUUCAUAACAUUGCUUAAGUCA